GCGCGCAGCGCCUGUCAGCAUCUCCUUCUCGCGCGUCCCAUCAGCCCAUUUCCCCCACGAGCCAACAACCUCAUCCCUACCUGCUGCACCUUGGAAAACAAGCGACGCAAAAAUGUCUGCUCCCGGUCCCGAAUCUGUGCCAACUUCGGCCGAUCCCCGCUCCCACCGUCCAACAAAGAAGCGUGCUCUCACGCCCGUCUCAGCGCAAGCCGCCUCCGUAGAAGCCCUCUUCUUGAAGCCCGACCAGAACAUCCGCAUACCCGACCCUUCCGCCCCUGGUGGCAGUUCAGCCCUCAUGCGCUCCGCUCCCCCGGAAAUCGUUACUAACGUCCAGGGCUCCAGCGCUGGUGCCGGCUCGGGUGAGUUCCACGUCUACAAGGCUAGUCGCCGGCGCGAGUAUGAGCGUCUGCGCAGCAUGGACGAGGAUCUCCGUCGCGAAAAGGACAUUGAGGAGUUUAGCAAGGACAAGAGUGAGCGCGAUCGCAAGGACGAGGAGCGCACGCGUAAGAACCGCGAGAAGAGGGAGAAAAUGAAGGCUCGCAAGGCCAAAAAGGGCAAAGGCCCAGCUGGUGCGACCGACAAGAAGCCCAACACUGCAAUGUCAAGAGGCGACUCCCCAUCCGCGGACAAUGAUGCUAAGACAAACACUGCUGAUGUUGAUUCUAAGACCCAGGCUGGCAAGGAUGCUUCGGAAUCAGCACCAUCUGCACAGCCCGCAGGCCUGGUCAUUCACGACGACGACGAUUAAUCGAUUAGACUGAAAAAACAGUAUUGUACCAACAAAACAAGUAAAAGGAGGAUAUACACAAAUCGGCAAAUACGGUCGUGGUAGAGGAGGAUAAUGCUAUAAACAGAGUUCGAGGUCUGUGUCACUGGAGGAGAAACGCUCUGUAAGCUCGCAAGUAGAAACGGCAACUUUGUAUGCCAGGUAAUUCAUAUGAUACCCUUUUCUUUCA